AUGUACCAGACUUGCGUUUGUUGCGGGCAGGUACCUUGCUGGAGGUCAGUCCGCAAAACUGGUGGUGGGAUUUUUCAAACUCAGGUUUACUUUACGUCCAGCGAGUUUGUGGGCAAAUGGAAAAUAACGAACGUUUCAUGA